UCGACGCCGUUUCUCACCUCAGUCACGCCCGACUCUUCCUUUUCCUUUUUCUUUUCCUCACUCAUCGUCUCUCUCUCGCUCUUCAUUUACCCAGCCUAGCAAAUAGAAUCCGAUAAUCCAGCACAAAUCCUCCACGCCCAGAGCAAUCCCCCGAGCAGCCGCCAAGACAUCGACAAAGACGACGCCCACGAUGCUGCAUCGUGCAUGUCGCCCAUCCGCCGGCGCCGGCGCCGGUCCCGGUGUCGCCCUCCGAGUUUCGGCGUCGUCCGCCUUCCGGCCUUCACCGGCGCCGCUUCGCUGGUCACGAUCACGGCCCUACACGACCCGAGGCUCGUCCAGCCCGUUCCGUCCGCCGCAGCUCAUCGCCGUGUUCCUCGUCUCCGGCAUCGGCGGAUGGGGCCUAUCGGCCCUGCUUCGCGACGGGAAGAAGUCCAAGGCCGGCGGCGUCAUCCCCAGCCUGAAGCCCGGCCCCGUCGACCUCGAGUCCCUAGCCAAGACGCCCGUCGAGGAGGGCAGCUUUGAAAAGGCCGAUGCGAAGCUGCGCGAGGACGUCUUUGUGGGGGCCUUCAGCGCCGAGGGCAAGGAAACUUAUGUCCACGCCGCGAGGGUCGCAAGCAAUCAUCCGGUCGAGGACCAUAUGGCCUACUCCCUCGCCCCGGGAGUAGGGGGGUCCAAGACUCUCUUCAACGGCGUCUAUGACGGCCACGCCGGCUGGGCGACCUCACUACUGCUCCAGAGCGCCCUCAUCCCCGCUGUGUCCUCUUCUAUCGCUCGGCUCGGCCGCGACACCGACGACGCGGCCGUCGGCGCGGCCAUCGUCGGCGCCUUCACCGAUCUCGACGACCUCAUCAUGUCCAACGCCGUCAAGGCCGUCGAGGGCCUCAAAGCUGGCACCGUCGAGCCCGCCGACUCCGGGGUCAUGGCCGCCAUCGCCCCCGCCAUCGCCGGCUCUUGCGCCCUGCUGUCCGUCUUCGACCCGGCCACCUCGACCCUCCGCGUCGCCUGCACCGGCGACUCGCGGGCCGUCCUGGGGUCCCUCGCGCCCGGCGCGGCCUCCUACUCCGCCCUCGAGCUCUCCAAGGACCAGACCGGCCGCAACGAGGACGAGUUCCGUCGCGUCUCCAGCGAGCACCCCGGCGAGGACGGAAUCCUCGACAAGAAGUCGGGCCGCCUGCUGGGCAUCGCCGUGACGCGCGCCUUUGGCGACCACCGCUGGAAGUGGACCGAGGACUUCAUCAAGCACAUCCACCAGAACUUCUUCGGCACGUCCCCGCGCCCCAAGUACGCGACCCCGCCGUACAUGACGGCCGCCCCCGUCGUGACCACGACCAAGAUCCGCGGCCCGGACUUUGCCAUCCUCGCCUCCGACGGCCUGUGGGACCACAUGUCCUCCGAGAACGCCGUCGAGUGCGUCUCGCAGUGGAUCGCCGCCAAGAAGGCCGGCGAGAAGACGCCCAAGGACAAGCUGGCCCGCACCCCGAGGGCCCCGAGCGGGUUCGAGACGUCGGGGGGCUGGCCGACGUGGUCCGCCACGCCCGAGCACUUCGUCGUCGAGGACCUUGACAACGCCGCCGUGCAUCUGAUCAAGAACGCCCUCGGCGGCACGCGCAGGACUCUCUUCACCGGCGCGGCGCUCGCGUACCCCCCUUUGUCGAGAAGCGUCAGGGACGACAUUACCGUGCAGGUCAUUUUCUUCCAGGACCCGGCCAAGGCGGACUGAAGGGGGUUUAUAGUCGCUGGGAUUGCGUUGGGUCGGGACGGCGGCGUUGAGGCUUCUUCCGAGAUGGGCGUUUUCUUUUGUUACUAUUGGUGCCACUGCCGGCCGCUUCAAAAACUCUAGAUGUGUCAUGAUCUUACACAAAUUGAUCGGCAUCUCGAUACUAAACAAAGUCCAAUGGCUAUAGAAUCAGGCAGACGUAUACACAAUGACACUAUACUUUCCAUGGCCAAAACAAGUCCCUCGAAUGCCAACAUCGAAUCAAGACCUGUGGAAGUUGUUCUCCAAGCUCGCUUCGGGCCUUUC